CAACUCGCAACUGAACCCAAAAGAGAAAGAAAAGAGAGUUGCACAGCAACAGAGCUAGAGAGAGAAAAAGAAAGUAACGAAGAGAGAUGAGCUAUCGGAGACUUGCAAGAAACAAAUAAACUUGAAACUUAGUCCGGCGGCGAUAACGAUGAUGAUAGCAUACAUAGAGAGAUUCAUCCACGAGAACGACACGGAAUCUAGACAAGGUGACGACCUCUCCAACAUAUGCCAGUCUCUAGACCUCCAAGGCACCAUCGACUACGUGGCUACCGGAAUAGCUGCUAAAGAUUUCGGUGGCUUAUAUUCUUUUAACCCAUUAGCUAUAAUUAGGCCUGCCGGAGCCGAUGACAUAGCUAUGGCGGUGAAAGCAGCUUGUCGAUCACCCAAUCUGACUGUCGCUGCAAGGGGUAACGGCCACUCAAUCAACGGCCAGGCGAUGGCCGAAGGUGGUCUGGUCAUAGACAUGAGGGCCACUGGAGAAAACCACUUCAAGAUAGUGACAAUGAAUGGAGAAAUGUUCGCUGAUGUCUCCGGAGGGGCAUUAUGGGAAGAUGUGCUAAAACGAUGCGUUAAUCUUGCUCCCAGAUCGUGGACUGAUUAUCUGGGUCUUACCGUAGGUGGAACGUUAUCUAACGCCGGCGUUAGUGGGCAAGCCUUCCGUUACGGACCACAAUCGUCAAACGUGACGGAAUUAGACGUGGUAACGGGAAAAGGUGACAUAUUGACUUGCUCUGAAACAGAAAAUUCUGAACUCUUCUUUGGAGCCUUGGGUGGUCUUGGUCAAUUCGGUAUCAUUACCAGAGCUAGGGUGAAGUUGCAGUCAACGCCGGACAUGGUAAGGUGGAUAAGGGUGGUGUAUUCCGAGUUCGAAGACUUCACCCAUGACGCAGAGUGGCUAGUCAAUCGUCCAGACGGCGUGUCGUUUGAUUACGUUGAAGGGUUCGUGUUCGUGAACAGUGAUGAUCCAGUAAAUGGGUGGUGUACUGUGCCCUUGGACCCAAGCCAGCGGUUUGACCAGACUGCCAUUCCUCCAACCGCUGGCUAUGUUCUUUACUGCCUUGAAGUGGCUUUACACUAUCAAAACAGCGACCACCGAUCGGCGGUUGAUAUGGUUGUGAACAGCUUGCUUGGACGGCUACGAUUUGCGAAGGAUUUGAAGUUUCAAGUGGACGUCGCUUACGUGGAAUUUCUAUUGCGUCUGAAGCGAGUGGAGGAGCACGCUAGAGCCAACGGGACAUGGGACUCUCCCCAUCCUUGGCUCAACAUGUUUAUAUCAAAGAGAGAUAUUGCUGACUUUGAUCGGAUGGUGUUCAAGAAAUUAUUGAAGGAAGGCGUCGGUGGGCCCAUGCUGGUCUACCCACUGCUGCGAAGCAAGUGGGAUGAUCGGACGUCUGUGAUGAUACCAGCCGAAGGUGAAAUAUUCUACAUAGUGGCAUUACUCCGAUUCACUCCACCAUACUCAAAGGACCCUUGUGUUGAAAAGUUGGUAUCUCAAAAUCAAGAGAUUGUCCAACUUUGCAUGAAGGAGGGUUUUGAUUUUAAACUAUAUCUUCCUCAUUACAAAUCUCAAGAGGACUGGAAACGGCACUUUGGAAAUAAAUGGUUAAGAUUUGACAAAAACAAGGCCAAUUUUGAUCCCAUGGCCAUCCUUGCACCAGGGCAGAAAAUCUUUAAGAGGAUCAACUCUCACUCCUAGUACUUAUCAUAAUCUCUAUAUAAGAGCUUUUAGAGAACAGUAAAUUUUUUUUGUUUCUUCUCUUGGAAUCAUUUUAAUGCAAGCUGGUUAAUUAGUACUGGUGGGACAUGCAACUUUGCAAUUACUUGACAAACAACAUAUUGAUUCAAUGUAAAGGAAUAUUUUUUAAAAACGAAAAGAAAAAAAGGAAGAAAAUAAUCCUUUUUGGUUA